UGAAAUCCCAACUGGGUUAUGCUACAGAAGUCUGGUCACCGGCUCAGUCCACCAACGAAACCUACCUAGAGAGGACUCAAAGGCGUGCCACACGAUGGAUCCUUCAAGUAAAGAUAGGAGAGGUUUCAUACAAAGAUCGUUUGUUGGCCCUUCUUAAUCUUCUGCCGCUAUCUUACGAUAGAGAGAUAAAGGACUUAACAUUCUUUUUUAAAGCUAUGUACGGAUAUUAUGAUUUGAAUAUUUCUGAUUACGUGUCAUUC